AUGUCUACCUUCACGCCCUCCAUCUUUCCACCUGGAUCCCUGAUCCUUGUAACUGCUGCUAAUAGUUACAUUGGUGCCCAUGUUGUAGACAUGCUGCUUGACUUGGGCUACAAAGUCCGAGGUGCUGUACGCAGCCUUGCGAAAGGUCGUUGGCUUCAGGAUCGGUUUGACAAGUGCUACGAAAAGGGUGCUUUUAGUUUGGUGGUUGUGGAAGACAUGGCUGCCGACGGCGCCUAUCAGGCGGCAAUCAAAGGUGUAGUGGGCGUAGUUCAUGUUGCUUCCCCGACUCAGUCUACAUCGGGCCCACAGAAGGUCAUCUCAGUGGCAGAAAAGGGUGUCCUCGAAGUACUGGAUUCUGCCUUGUUUGAGACGGGAAUCAAACGGGUUGUCCUCACAUCUUCAUCAGUUGCCGUUGUGGAGCCAUCACGAGCACAAGACGUCGUCGUGACUCACGAUGUGGAACAAUGA